AAAACAUUGACUUAAAUUGUGUUAUUUCUGUUUUCAUCAUUUAGUGAUUUAGUCCCUGAUUACAAACUAGUUAACAAGCAGGCGAUACACUUCUGGCUGAUAUUCAACAUACUUCACUGGUUUCACGAUUAUAAUUAAAAUUUUUAAUCGAUUUGAAAAUAAAGUCAAUCGCAUCAAUCAAAAUGGCAUCCAGUGAAAAUAACAGCGAUGAAGGAGAAGUUUCUAAUGAUUACGAUCAUAUGAUCCAGAUUGAAUAUCUUAAAGAAAAAUAUCGAGAUGUCAUGACACAACUUAAAACUGUAUCUAAUGAAAAACAAAGGUUGGAAAGAGAUUACCAGAUGCUGAAAAAAGAACUAGAAAGUGGAAAAGGAGAAUUUUUUAAUACCUAUCAUGAAUACAACCUGCUAAAACAGAAAUAUGAUAAUCUUAGAAUGCGAUAUGAUGAAUUUGUAGGUGAUCCUACUCACUGUUUAAAGUUAUGUGAGGACUUGAAAAAGGAUCGAAACAAGUAUAAAGAACUGCUUAAAGCCGCUGAGCUUGAAAUUGAAACUGUGAUGUCUGAAAGAGGAACCGUACUUAAGGAGAUCCAAAAACUUUACGAUAAAAAUGAAAGCUUAGAACGUGAUCUUCAAUCCGCGCUACGAUGCCGCGAUGAUUCUUUGAAGGAAUGUACAACAUUGCAGGAAAAGUUGGAGAUGUGUAAAAACAGGGGAGACUUUUAUCUGGAUUCAAAUUGGAGUCGAGAACGCACUGAAAGCAAAGAUAAGUUUGAUAUGGUAACCGAAAACUUAGAAUCAGCUAAUAGAGAAAUUGACAGAUUAAAAAAAUCACUCGACAAAGCCAAGGCAGAAAUAACGAAAGCAGUUCAAGAAACGGAAAUUGCUAAGGGCAGAAGAGAUUGGGCUAUAUCGGAGCGUGAAAAAAUUGUCCAAGAGAGAGACAGUGUUCGAAAUUUAUGUGAUGAGAUUCGCAAAGAACGAGAUACUGCUACGUCAAAACUGCUUGCUGCAAUCCGGGAUAAGGAUGAGGCAUAUAAAGAAAUUGAGCAAUUGACGGAAAGAUUGGAAGCACAAAAUGUUUUAAAAGAUAACUUAAACAAUAACGCUACAACGGGUGAGCUUUCAAAUAAUUCCGCUGAUAGCAGCUUUAGAAGUUCACACUAUAGCUCAUACAGUCUUGAUUCGUCGUAUGAUUUGGAAACUUUGCAGCAAUAUCUUACGGAAGUGGUUGAAAUUGACUCUUCGUCGCUUCAAAAUAAUACAUCUGAAUGGGGAUUAACGAUAACUGAUAGAACGGAUGAAUUCAGCGAAAGUAUUUUGCAACGAAAUGUUACGUGUCCGCAAGUGACUUCCGUCGACCCAGGUUCAGUAUUUUCCGGGCUUUUAUUCCCAAAUGAUAUCAUAUGCCAGAUUAACGCAAUGGAUUGUACAUUGCUAUCAAAACGAAAGAUUUUUAAAGCUAUCAAAACCAGUAUACCGACUUGCUUGAUAAUGGUAAAACGACCAGAAAAACGGCUCUUACCUAUUCAAAUAAACUUUUUGAAUGGAAAUAAGAAUCAUGGGCUGCAUUUAGAGACAGGCGUAUACAUUUCUAAAAUAGACGUUAACUCUUUGGCUGCAAAAGAUGGCAGAAUAUGUAUAGGUGAUAGGAUAAUUUCUAUAAAUGGAAAACCUACGGAUAAUGUGAAAAAUGUCAACGAGAUAAAUACUAUUAUCAACGAUAUGAGAAACAAUAAUCUCAGUUUAAUAUUAGUGAAAGAUCUGGUGAAUUUUAGUCGGGACAUAACUUUUCCAACAAAACAAUUGCAAAGUAUAAAUAAUUGUACUCAAACAGAUAAAAACCAAGAGAAUGUGCAAAGAGACAUAAACAGAUUGAGUUUGGAUCUUAGUAGCAGUAAUCACUUUAUGCCUUCAGCGAUGCACUAUAGCGUGAACACCACGUCAAGUACACCAAAUUCAGUAGCCACUAGUACACCAUCUUCGUCAAAAUCUACUUCAAAAUUAACGGGAAUGUUUCAGAAAUUGAAAGAUAAAAUGAGCAUAAGUAAUCAUAAAGAAUGUCAAGAAAGUGAUGCGAUUGCUGUUCUUGAUUCAGUUCUUGAUAGUGAUGAUCCGGACGCUAUGCAUACAUCGAUGUACGGGAAAUCUAAAGACAAGAAGAUAAAACGAAAGCCAAAAGAUAAUCAAGAAGUUCCGCGCGGAACAUGGCCUCGUGUAACAAUGACUGUACAUACAAACGAAAAUCAUGUUGGUACAAUAGUGCAUAGACCAAGAAAGGAGCGGCCAAAGCUUAGUAUACCAACUGAUAACGUGGAAAACAGCUAUUUUUCAUCUCCCAUCAGUGACUGCAGUAUCACAACUCCUCAAAUUACAUCGAACGUCCAAGGUAAAAGUUUGAUGAAUUAUGCAGUUUGUGGUAAACGUAAUUCAAACCCUGUUGCUCCAGUUGACAUUAACCAUACACUACAAGUGUCUAAGUUGAGUUAUGAUGCCAAUUUGCCAAAAAUUAAUAGUCCUGCAUGUGGAAACAAAAGUUAUAGAGCGUCUACUUAUGAUGCACGUAAUAAUAAUCAUAGCUCAAACGUCAAUAGGCAUAGCCUUAACCUGUCAUCAUUGAAUAGACAACAGCUGCAAUUGCCAAUUGCUUCGCAACAAAACACCAUUGACUUGAUACCUAUGAAAAACAAUGCAGUUGUUGAUUGUAACAUGUCAUCCAAAAAUCAAGUUGGUUAUAAUUUUGUAACCAAAUCACAAUUUAAGGAUCGCGUAGAUUGCUAUAUCCCAUCUACGAAACAUCUUUACAAGUAUUCCAGUGAUACUGAAAGUUUUGAUAUGGAUUGUACAACUACAGCACCGAGUAAUAUCAAUACUCUUCCACAUGCCCAUAUUAGGAAGCAAUCUAUAGGAAACAUAAGUAACUCGUCUUUGUCGAACAGAGUUCCAAUCAGAACUAGUGCAGGAAGUCAAAAUUAUAAUGCCUCAGUAUAUCCGGGAAUAUCGAACAUUCCUUCGAAUAUCUAUCCUCACCAAUCAACAACAGUACGACCGUCCGCAAAUGUAACAUCUGGAGGCGAUGCGAUUGGCCAUCCGCAAUCGGCACAUCAUUCACAUGAAUCUUCCAUUGAUUAUCCAUUCAACAGAUACAAUCAAAUUCAGUCUUCCAAAGAAGAAGUGCCAACUGGACUGAUGGGCCACUAUGAAGGUGGGACAUUUCCUCGCAAUAAGGUACACCAAUACAGAAUACCUUCUAAUCAGAGUGUGACAAGUAGCGGUGUCAAAAUAAGCAAUGGCUCUCUAGAUUAUUGCAGUUCUGAAAGAGCAUCUCCUAUUCCAACAUUUCAAGUUCAAGUAAUAGAGCCUGGCAGAAUAUCAAACAAGCGAAACUCAUUGCAGGAGUACACUGUGCGAACAAAACCUAACAUUGGCGAACUUCGUGUUGUUCAUAUAGACAAAAGCGAAAUGUCACUAGGUAUAAAAAUUUUCUGCCAGGGGAAUGGUGGUGGCGUAUUCGUGUCCAAUGUUGGAGAGAACAGCCUGGCUAGCAAAGUUGGUCUUCAUAUUGGUGAUCAACUGCUUGAGGUGUGCGGUAUCAAUUUAAGAAAAGCCACAUAUGAACUGGCCGCACAUGUUUUACGUCAGUGUGGAAAUUCCAUUACUAUGCGCGUUUUGUAUAACCCCGAAGUGUAUUAUAAUCUUACCACUAGUGAGGAUAACAUUGGUCGGUCGAGUUCGCCGACUCCUCAGAAUUCACCCAGAGUUAUAGGACGAUCAAAUAUUGCUACCGUUAACACAGCAACAGUAAACUCCAUAUCAACCAUCACGUCAAAAAACAUGUCCAGUAACGAAAAUCACCAAUCACAACUGACAAAUACAUCGCAAACCAGUCAUUAUAAAGAACAACCACGACUAAUAUUUAUUGAAACUAGAAAAAAUCCUAAUCUUGGAAUAAGCCUGGUUGGCGGGAACGCCAAUGGAAUAUUUGUUCAUGGCGUUCAAAAAGAUUCAAUUGCUGAUAACGCUGGAUUGCGAGUAGGAGAUCAUAUCUUAGAAUUCAAUGGUGCUGAUUUAAGAAGAUCUACAGCUGAGCAUGCAGCUCUGGAAAUAGCGAAACCAGCUGAUAAUGUCGCCGUACUGGUUCUGUAUAACAUUCAAAAAUUUAAUCAAAUCAAAGAUAAACCAGGUGAUGCAUUGUAUAUAAGAGUAGGGUUUGAUCGAAAUUGCGAUCUAGGGGACUCAGAACUUUCUUUUAAUAAGGAUGAAGUGCUAUAUGUUGAUAAUACUAUGUUCGGUGGAAUACCCGGCCGCUGGCGUGCUUGGAAAUUAGACGAAUGUGGGCAUAAGCUGCAAUGUGGGAUUAUUCCCAACAAACUGAAGGUUGAGGAAGAGUUGAGGUUACUUGGCGAUCUACAAGAUGUCGACACAACUACUCGAAGAGGUUCAACAUCUGCGAGACGAUCUUUCUUUAAGCGAAUUAAACCUCAGAGGAGUUCAUCUAGAGAUUCAAAAGAAUUAGCAAGCUUCAGCAAUGCGCAUUUAAGUUUAUACAUUGAUCUAGGUUCCUUGAAUGAUGAUGGUGUUACCAGUUAUCAACGAGUCGAGCGAUUGGAAUUGUUUUUUACAGAUAAAUAUCGCCCCGUACUAAUCCUUGGACCACUAUCUGAAUGUGUAAUCGAGAAGCUAUGUAUAGAUUUCCCAGAAAAUUUUUAUAAAUGCCAGCAAAAUCAAGUACGAUGCACAAAAGAAGAAAUGGAAAAUGGAAUCCAAAACAAUACGAUUGCUGAUUACCAUCGCAGAGGAAGUAUGUUUGAAUACACAUCUAUACAGACAAUCUUAGAUAACAAGCAACACCAUUGCAUACUUGAUGUAUGUGUAUCAGCAGUAGAACGUCUUCAAAGAAAUCAAAUCUACCCGAUAGUUUUAUUGUUGCGAUUUAAGACAGCUAAGCAGAUAAAGGAAAUCAAAGAUGCACGCUAUUCUAGCGAUAAAAUCUCGGCAAAAGCUGCCAAAGAGAUGUACGAACAUGCACUAAAAAUUGAAUCCGACUAUCGGCAAUAUAUUUCUGCGGUUAUUUCUGGUGUUAAUAUUGCACACAUGUGCACCCAAAUAAAAGCAGCUGUUGAUAGUGAGCAAAAUAAAAUACUAUGGGUUCCUGUUUCGGCAAGUAUAUGAAACUAGCAUUUUCUGCUGUCAAAAUACAACUAGUUUUUUAUUCAUGUAUUUCCUAUCGUCGAUAUGAAGUUUAAAAUUUUUUAU